UGUGCCCGUUCUGCCUAGAACUAAACAAAUUGUUCACUUGGGUGAAUCUAGGUAUGCCGUGCUUUAGGUGUCAGUAGAAAUCUAGAACAAUAUUUAAUCCUGCUGAGAGGCAAAACAUUCGCCAGUAUCAAAAUUGAUCUACAAAUUGUGACGAACUUUUGUUGACUGAAGAUGCCGUCGUUUGAUAUCCCUGCUGAAUGGUUCGAGGACGAGCUGGACUACGACGAAGAGCCGGCAUUCCACUUCCCAGUGCCCAAUGUGGACGGAGCUGAACUCGAAUUCCAGGAUGCUCUAGAUGCAGCAUUGGACGAGGUCAUCAACGAAGGGCGCGAAGUCGAGGUCCAAUCCGAUGAAGGAUCGCCAGUGGAGAGCGGCCAGGACAUCUUCGAAUCGCCGUACACAAGUUCAUUCGAGAUAUCAGAUUUUGAGGUCAGCUCCGACAGCUCCGAAGCUGUCGCUGAAGGUCACGUAAAUCUGGCAGACAUAUCUGACCUAAUGUUAUUGUCAUCAUCAUCAUCUGAAACAUAUUCAAAUAACGGAGUCUUCGAAGACAUUACCAACAUGGAGGCAGAUCAGGAAUCCAUUGUCACCUAUGAGACGUCGAUUGACGAUGCAAAGAAACUGUUGGAAGACAUUUUUCGCGCCCAAGACGAGCUGGAAGACAGACUAGAGUCCUUUGGAAAGAAGCUAGAUGAACUAAGGGAGGACAUCAAAGAAAAUAUUGCAGACUGUGAAAAAUUUAGAUCCAGCAUCUAGAAUUUGUAUUUAAUUUCCAAUUAAAAGACAACUAGCACAUUCUGUUGCGAUCCA